AUGUCUUUAUCGUCGCAACCCAAUGGGGGCGGUGGCGCAUCCGCCGCAGCGGCCGCUGCCGCUGCUGCCAACAAGACCAAAGACCUCUUCAACGCAGCUCUGCAAACACGCAACCCAAACAACGCCUACAUUGCGCAUCUCAAGAUCUGGGAAGAGGUGGCUGCCGAAGACGGAAGCGCUACCGUCAUUGCUGCAGCUUCUCGCGCGACAAAAAAGGCAAGAUACCUCAUCUUGGCUGUUCAAAAAGACACAGGCAGGGUUACCAUCAACAAGGCCAAGCGCAACGCCAACGGUAGCUUCAGCAUCGGCAAGGACUGGGACCUCAACACCCUCCGGCAAGUCCAUGUGAUCCAGCCAGACAUUUUCAGCAUUACUCUGAGUCGUCCGUAUCAGUGGCAGACGCAGCAGCCGGUCGAACAGCAGCUGUUCUUGCAAAGCUUGGUCAAGGUUUAUCGCAAGUAUACCCAGGAUGACGGGCCCAGGCUCGUCGGUAUCGAUGUACCGCUUUCCUCGAAUUCGGCUGCAGCAGUGGUCGCGGACUCUGCCAACCUAUCAGAUCGGCCGUCUUCUGGGUAUCGUACUGACAAUUCACAGCCUACCUCGAGCGCUACAGCAACAGCAUCGAACCGAGCAGCUGUAGUAGAGUCCAUUCCAGCACCUGCCAUCAACACGUCGGCGCUACCCAAGAUCUCUGGAGACAAUGGUGCUUCUCCUACUCACAGCUAUGGAAGUAAUGUCGUCAACAACCGCGACGGGAGAGGAUCGCCAAGCUCUGGCGUGCAGCCCAUCAAGAGCAAACGCGAAGGUGGACUCCAACCCAGUCCGCUCAGCCGAACCGUACAACUUCCAUCUCGUCCCACAACCGACUUGCAGAAAUCUGCAGCAACAGACGCCUCGACAGCGCCACUGCAACAGACGUCGAGAGCGGCCACAUUAGCUGUACCGAAACAUCCGCCACCACGCAAGAACAGUGCAGAUUCUGUCUCCAUCAAGAGUGGCAGCAGCGGAGGUCUAGCAGGAGGUGGAGGCGAUGCCAGAGCGCGGCUUAGCUCUAUUGAACCUAUCCGAGGUGGCGCUGCCUACGAACGCAUGCUCCUAGCUGGCACAGGUCUCACCGGUGUCACCGAAGUCGACGAUUACGACGAAGCAGCAGAUCAAGACGAAGAUCCAUACGGAGGCGCUGUUCUGGCUGACAAAGAUGCGGAUCCCGAUGCAUCUUUCACCUCAAAGCGUGCUACUUUGGGCCGACCGGCCAUCGCACGUCUGGAGACCGACAAGACCAAGCUCGGCGAAAGGCCAAAGAACAACGACGCUCUCGACGAAGAUGAGGACGAAAACUCCACCCUAGUCGCAGUGGAAGAGAUGCUUGAAGGUCUCGAAUGGCGCAACGCAAGUGCGAAAGGCUACGGUAUCGCAUCGGGCAAAGGUACUGCCGACAUGAUCGAGGCGCGCCUUCUGGACGAGCUCUCGGCGCUUGAAGCGGCCAAUAUUUUCGCCAUCAUCGAAUCGGAUGACCGCGUGGCGCUGGUUGUCAAACACAUGGAAGAGGCACUGGCCGACUUGGAUAUGAUGGACAGCAUGAUCGCCGGCUUCAAAGUGCAGCUCAACGCUCGAGCUGACGACAUCUCGCACAUCGAAUCGCAGAACCGAGGUUUGCAGGUACAGACAUCGAAUCAGCGCACACUGAUGGCCGAGAUCGAGAUGCUGAUCAAUACGAUCAAUGUCGACGAGGACGCGAUUCACAGUCUCACUGCAGGCCGGCUGGAAAGCCCGGAAGGGGUCGCUCAACUCGAGAUGGCUGCAGCUUCACUCUACAAGUCAAUGUUGCAAGCGCGUAGAGAUGGCGACGGUGGAGGUGCCGAUAUGGCGGCUGCCGCUGAGAGGCUUGCUGACCACGAGGCCAUCUCUUCGCGGUUCUGCAAGCGUGUGCUCGACUACCUUAACGUCACCUUUCACGCAGAGACGCAGCGACUUUUGGCGGAUCCUUCGCGUCAGAUGGCCUUGCAACCACCUCAUCCGUCGCUACGUGACCAUGCUCCUAUGGAGGAAGUCCUCGGCCAGUACUGUGGUCUACUGCUGUACAUGAGGGAAGUUUCUUCCGCCACCUUCUCUCGCGUCUCAGCGGCGUACUUUGCCUCAGCAAGCGAAUGCUACCGCACCGAGAUGCAGCAGCUUUUCUCGGCGUACCGUAAACAGUUGCGCAAAGCGAGCGACGAAGACAUGGUCGAAUCGAGCUUUGUCGUUCCGACUUCCACCGGGGUUGGCACGUCCGCGAUUCGAAGCGGCACCAUCCGUCGCACACAGCGCGACAAAUCCAGCCGUGGCGCUCGAGACCGCGGCGACGUCUCUGGCCAAGACAGUCUGCAGCGGAUUCUCUCAUGCAUCUUCCCUGUCUUACUACGCGAACAGAGCUUCAUCUCGGAUUUCUUACACAUCAACGACAACAACAUCACAUUUGCGGAUUACAUGGAUCUCGAGCCGUACUUCCGACGGCGGGCAGCGGGGAUGUUCACCUCGUCCAGCGGACCAUUGCGCGAGAUGAAGGGGGCUAUGGACUUGAUCUUUGGCUUCGUUGCUCCGGAACUGCAGGCUUUCACCGACGACGCAUUGGCCAAGGAUCGCAUGUCAAUCGUCGGAUUGCUCGCUACGCUCGAUCGAGGCAUCAUGGAAGCUGAAGAAGUUUCGUGCGAAUCUCUUCAAAAAGUGCUGGCAAAGCUGCAUUUGCGGCUGGCGUCGCAAUUGGAGCGCUUGGUGCAAGAACAGAUCAAGGGCAUCGAACAGACAAAGUUGACUGUCAAGAAGCGCAAGGGGGUGGUGCACUUUAUGCGCGUCUUCCCGGUGUUUGUCGAGCGCGUCGAGGCGCAGUUGGUGAAUGCAGAGACUCUCAAUAUUCGAACUGCGGUGGACGGAUACUACGUGCAGAUUUGCGGCGCCAUGUUUGAGGCGCUACAGACAAUUUCUCGCGUGGAAAGCGUCGGGGCGGUGGAUGAAGACAAAGGGCAGCUCAACCACCUGGUUAUCCUUAUCGAAAACAUGUGGUAUUUCAUCUCGGAGAUCAACCGACUGACUUUGCGCGGGGCGAAUCCAUCCGGCUGUCUUUCCGCGCUCGUCAAGCGCGCAGAGAGCAUCUAUGGCGAUUCGCUGACGAGCUAUACGCAGUUUGUGCUGCGCCGAUCGUUGGCCAAGAUGAUGGACUUUGGAGAGGGGAUCGACACGCUAUUGAAAAAUACGCCUGCUAGCGAGGUGUGUUUGCAUUCGGCGUUUAGUAAGGGGGCGUUCAAGAAGCUGUGCAAAGAUUAUACGGCCAAGGAUACGAGAAAGGCGGUUGAGGCGUUGGCAAAGAGGGUGGCCAAGCAUUUCGAUGACGACGAUGUGCCGGGCGUCACUGCUGUGGAAGGUGGAGCGGGUCGAGUCGAGCAGGAUGUCGAGGUUCUCGCUCGCGUUUGGUCGAGUUGCGAACAGGGCUACAUUAGAGAGUUCCAGCGUAUCGCUAGGAUCGGCCAGGAGUGCUACCCGGAUCUGGCUGGUGCCAGUCUCGAGUUGGGCGCAAACGAGUUGAGGAGAUUGUUUGCUAGUUUGGCUCCCAAACGUCGAUGA